UCCUGUACCCCUGCUCACCUCUCCUGUCCCCAGGAUGCAGCCUCCCCCUCUUCUGACCUUCCUUUGCCUCCUGGUGGCCCUGGCUUGGGGGAACCUGGUCCAGUUUGGGGUGAUGAUCGAGAAGAUGACGGGUAAGCCGGCACUGCAGUACAAUGACUAUGGCUGCUACUGUGGCAUCGGUGGCUCCCACUGGCCAGUGGACCAGACGGACUGGUGCUGCCAUGCCCAUGACUGCUGCUAUGAGUGCCUGGAGAAGCUGGGCUGUGAACCCAAACUGGAAAGGUAUCUUUUCUCUGUCAGCAGGAGUGACAUCUUCUGUGCCGGCAAAACUGCCUGCCAGCAACAGACCUGCAAGUGUGACAAGACAGCUGCACUCUGCUUUCGCCAAAACCUGGCCACCUACAACUACAGUUAUGCCCAUUACCCCAACAAGCUGUGCUCAGGACCCACCCCGCCUUGCUAAGGCUGUGCUCGCCAAUUCCCUGCGCGGUCCCAGGCCCCCACCUCCUCCUGCUGCAGCCCCAGCCCUGGGGAGCCUUGGCACCGACGGCCCUCCCUCUGGAAAGUUCCCUUCCUGCAAAUCCAUCCCUCCCUGAGAGCCCUCACACUACGCUUGGACCAUCACUGGCUUCCUAGGUCACAGCCUCCCCGUAGGAAGAGCCAUGGCCCAGGGCCCUUCAGCGCCCAGAAGACUCUGUAACCCACCCCUAGAAUAUCAGUUCCCGCUUCUGAAUAAGUGAAUAAUA